AUGACUCGCAUUGUAUCUCUGACGGCCAUCGUGGCAGCUCUUGCUGCUGUUGUUGCAGCUCGUCCUGCUCCCAGCACUCAUACUGUCCACGAGAAGCGUUACGGACUUCACCAUCGCUGGACCAACCCAUUGCGCGUCAGAUCGGAAUCUGACAUUCACGUGAGAGUUGGUUUGAAGCAGAACAACCUCCACCGUGGUCAUGAAUACUUGAUGGAUGUUUCGCACCCUGACUCAAAAAACUAUGGCAAGUUCUGGACAGAAGAGGAAGUGACUGAGAUGUUUGCUCCGUCCGACGAAUCUGUCAACGUCGUCAAGGCGUGGCUCACUGAAUCUGGUAUUCGCGAUGUCCGCAUCACCCACUCGGACAACAAAGGUUGGCUCGCUUUUGUUGCGACCGGCGAGGAGCUCGAAAGUUUGUUGCACGCAGAUUUCUACCAGUACGAGGACUCAGAGACUGGCAACACCGCUGUCAGCACUGAGAGAUACCACGUCCCUAAGCACAUCAAAGAGCACAUCGACUACAUCACCCCUGGUAUCCGUUUCCCAUUCCUGCAAAAGCGCAAUGCUCUCAAGGAUCCUCUACGAAUUCCUACUCCUCCUCAUGUCCAAGCGAAGCUGGCGGCUAGCGCGGCUGACUGUGCUGACGCUAUUACCCCGGACUGCAUUKCUCAAUUAUACCAGAUUCCUCCAGUCACUAUACCCCCUUCUCCCAGCAACUCUCUCGGCAUCUUCGAAGAGGGCGACCAGUACAGCCAGGCUGAUCUAAACUCUUACUGGGCCGCUUACCCUUCCUACGGCAUACCAAACGGGACAUCACCCAUCUUAGAGUCCAUCGAUGGUGGAACAGCUCCUGGCUCUAUAGUUGAAGGUGAAUCGAACUUGGACUUCUCGCUUGCUUUCCCCAUCGUCUACCCGCAGAAUAUUACUUUGUUCCAGACCGACGAUCAAUACUGGUCUCUUUCCGGUAAAGGAUUGUUCAAUACUUUCCUUGAUGCUAUUGACGGUUCCUACUGCACAUCUUGCUAUGCGGGCGAAUGUGGCAAUGCUGACAUCGACCCUGUCUACCCCGACACUCAUGGCGGAUACAAGGGCCAACUCAUGUGCGGUACUUAUAAACCCACUAAUGUCAUUUCCAUCUCUUAUGGUGCCGCGGAGGACUACAUUCCCCAAUCGUACUAUGAGCGUCAAUGCAACGAAUUCAUGAAGCUUGGUCUUCGCGGUGUCUCGGUCCUCUUUGCUUCGGGAGACUCUGGUGUCGCUUCCCGCUCGGGUUGUUUAGGAAAUAGUUCUACCAUUUUCAACCCCGAUUGGCCUGCUAGCUGCCCGUAUGUCACCGCCGUCGGUGCCACCAAGAUCCCUGCCGGAGGAUCUGUCAGUGGCGGUGAGGUUGUUGCCAACGACCCAGCUGGUCAUCCAUUUUCCUCAGCUUAUGCUAGCGGUGGUGGUUUCAGCAAUCUCUUCCCCAUUCCCGACUACCAAGCAGAUGCCGUCGCCAGCUACUUCGCCAACUACCCUCCCCCCUACCCAUCCUACAACAGCACCGUCCUCGGCGAAAACGGCGGUCUCUUCAACAGCUCCGGCCGCGGCUACCCCGACGUUUCUGCCGUCGGCGACACCAUCCCCAUCUGGAUCGGGGGUGACUCCGUCAUUGAAGGUGGCACUUCCGCCGCUGCCCCCAUCGUCGCAUCCAUCAUCAACCGUAUCAUCGACGAGCGUAUCGCAGCUGGAAAACCUGGUCCAGUGGGAUUCUUGAACCCUGUGUUCUACGCGAACCCUGACGCAUUCAAUGAUAUCACGAAUGGCACGAACUCGGGAUGUAAUACUGCUGGAUUCUCGGCUGUGCCUGGAUGGGAUCCAGCUUCGGGUCUAGGAACGCCUAAUUAUCCCAAAUUGAGGGAUGUUUUGAUGGCUCUUUGA